GCAGCCGAGACACCGACUAACGUCAAACAACAGGAUGGACGAGACGAAACACUAUUAAAAAGAUGGAAAAAUGAGUGUGAGAAUGACGUGAACGCACUCGGAAAAUAAUCCUUCAGCUUUGUUAAAAUGACAAAAGAGUUUUAACGUCUAAAACUUGACAGACCGAAUGAAACGCACCGUUACAGGAUUAAAAUCAUGUAUUUCUCUGCGAUUGAGCAUUGAUCCAAACAUUUGGGAUAACGUGAGAACACAGCUCUAGUUGUUUUUAGUGAUUUUAAAUGCACAUUUUAUUUUGAAUUUGCACAUAAAAACAAGUGGAUGGAAACUUGUCUGAACUAAUCUGAGGUCACCGUGUGGAACUUGUGCUUUUCUUCAGUAUUUCCAUUUUAUUCUUGUUUUAUACUUUAUACUAAUUCUGGAGGCCAAGAUUUGUACUUUGAACCGAAGCAUUUAUUGGACGUGUUUACUCACUUUACUUUGCGCUCAGCAGCGGCUGAUUGAUGAUCGGUAUUCGUCAGUAAGAGGUGAUCAGAUCACGGCGGAUCAUUAGCUCUGUUUGUUUUACUAAGUGUUGAAGCCGGUCAAUCAGAACUAAACUGUGCCACUUCACAUGUGCUGACUGGCAGGUUAUCUGUUUUCCACACACACACCUGAAACCGACUGAUUGAUUAUAUUUGGAGGACUUGGUUUUUGUCGACGGGCCGAGUCCCCGCAACGUGACCAACAGGUUGAUGUCCCCGUGAGGGCUGUGGGCGUGGACGAGGAGGCGAUGGAGUAUAAAUGGAGGUGAGACCCUCCGUUCUGCCUCACAUCAACCUGCUCUCAGCUGCCCUGCCACUGCUCCUCCUCUUCAUCACAGACUCACCUCCUCCUCUUCCUCCUCCGACUCUACAGCAUGGCGGCGCUGUGGCUCCAGUCUGUCUCUCUGCUGGUCUUACUGAUCGUAUCGUGGCCGGGCUCCCAGGCCGUCGCCCCCCCGCAGCACCUUUGCGGCUCGCACCUGGUCGACGCCCUGUACCUGGUCUGUGGGGACAGAGGCUUCUUCUACAACCCCAAGAGAGACGUCGACCCUCUGCUGGGUUUCCUCCCUCCCAAGGCGGGUGGAGCGGCGGCGGCGGCGGGCGGUGAAAACGAAGUGGCCGAGUUCGCCUUCAAGGACCAGAUGGAGAUGAUGGUGAAGCGAGGCAUCGUGGAGCAGUGCUGCCACAAGCCCUGCAACAUCUUCGACCUGCAGAACUACUGCAACUGAACGGCUCUCCGCUGCCUUCCCCGCCCCCGCCCUCGCAUCGAGAGAGCGGCAGCGCUGUCCUCUCUCUGAAAACCCUGCUGACAAAUGAAGUCUUCACAAAUGGAUGAAAUUAUUUUUCCUAGAAAAUAAAGUUUUGUGAAUUGAGAAAAUAUCAGGAAAUGUUUUUCUCUGAUGUCAAGACUUUUCUUCAUUGUCUUAAAUUUGAUUCGCUAAAGUCAAAAGGAGGACACGUUACAUUACUUAUUAACCACAUUUAAAGAUUUGCGUCCUGGUUGGUUUGGUGACACCAUGGUUACUAUGGUAACAGCAAGUGUGGUUUAAAACUACAGCAAACUGUCUGAGCAGCUACGUUGCCAGAAAACCAACAGAAGAGCAGCUGAUCUCUUUUUACAGUGACGCUAAACAAACUGUUGUUUUAAUAAAGAAGUCAGGCAGUAAUGAAUAAACCUCCUUCUGAUUUCAUGUUGUUUUUCACACGAUGGCAGUGCACAGUGAAUAACUCCAAACUUCAGUUAAUUGUAAAUCUUGAUGUUAUUCUUGGCAAAUUCUUCCUUCAUAAGAUCAGAUGCUUUAGCAAAACCCCUUUUUCUCAGCAGGUAAAUUAAUUUUUUGAAAUAAAAGGGCUUUAAAAUGCCUGAGAUAUCUGAACGUGGUAUUUAAACUGUUGUUAUUGUUGCAGUCCAGAGCUGCAAGCCAUUAUCAAUAGAACAU